CCUAUGUUUGCCUAUUUAACGUGUAUGUCCUACAGGUGAUUGGCUGAUUUAUCCACAGAAUCGCCUGAUCUUCAUGCUGUUGACCAAGCUGGUUGUGGCCGCAGUGGCCGCCGCCUCGGUGACCUCCUCGCAUGUGGCAGAGGCGAACCAGUCGUACGCUGUCAACGCAACUUCCCCGGUCGACGACAUUCAACAGGUGUCCCCGUAUGGCCGCGAGUUGUUCGCCAAGCUACUGGCAAAUUUGAACCUUGAGCACGUCAAAGGCCAUCCUCUCAGCACCCUCGAAUAUAACGAAGCUGUGGACGGCGUGGAAGACCUCAUUCGAGGUCGAUGGGCCUUUGAUAAAGCGUUCCAUUCGAAGGUCAAGCACGACGUCCGCCAGCUCUUGGCUCGCAUGAAUCCCGGCGAACUCGAACAACUCUUUGACGACGUCAUAUUCGACUUGACAUUGGCCUCCUUCACUGAGAACGAUGAUGAAGCGAACGAGAAAGUCACCGUGGCGGUCCAUGCACCGCAACUCUCUACCUCUGCUGCGGGGGGCUACGUGUUGGUCUUGGGGUUGUUCGUGGGAUGCGUUGCGGGGGUUGCCGCCCUUGUCUCCGUCGUGGCCAAUCGACCUGCGUCGGGAAUUGCGUCCACUGUGAUCACCGCCGAUAUCAUCUUAGCUGAGAUCGAAGACGCGGAGAAGUUGGGCAAGCAGUCGACUGUGGUUUGAGUGCAGUACCAGUACUGGUACACAUUUGAGGUGCUAAUUAUGAGUGAAUCAAUGUGAUCGUGUAAAUCUAACGAAGCCCUUCAAUCAGGUA